AUCAAAUGGGGGGCAAUGGGGGGGGCAGUGGGGGGCAAGCAAAAGGGGGUGGGGGGGAUCGAAGGGCCCCAAAGGGGCGUUAAAGGGCCCAAAUUUGACAUAAAAGGCCCCAAAUUUGACAUAAAAGGCCCCAAAGUUGAUGUUGAGGUGCCCGACAUUGACGUCAAGGGACCCAACGUUGACCUGAAAGGCCCCAAAGUUGACUUAAAAGGCCCCAAAUUUGACAUAAAAGACCCCAAAGUUGAUGUUGAGGUGCCCAACAUUGACGUCAAGGGACCCAACGUUGACCUGAAAGGCCCCAAAGUUGACUUGAAAAGCCCCAAAUUUGAUAUAAAAGGCCCCAAAUUUGACGUUGAAGUGCCCGACAUUGACGUCAAGGGACCCAACGUUGACCUAAAAGGCCCCAAAUUUGACAUAAAAGGCCCCAAAUUUGACAUAAAAAGCCCCAAAUUUGACGUUGAAGUGCCCGACAUUGAUGUCAAGGGACCCAACGUUGACCUAAAAGGCCCCAAAUUUGACAUAAAAGGCCCCAAAUUUGACGGUGACGUGCCCGAUGUUGCCAUCAAGGGCCCCAAAAUGGACGUUGAAGUGGCUGAUUUUGACAUCAAAGGCCCCAAAAUGGACAUUGAAGCUCCAGACGUGGACAUCCCCGGUGCAGGAGGGAAGCUGAAGAUGCCCAAGCUGAAAAUGCCCAAAUUUGGGGUUCCUGGCCUAAAAGGGGAGCUCCCCAGUGUCGAUGUGUCGCUACCAAAGGCCGAAGUUGACGUUUCUGCCCCCAAAGUUGACGUGAAAGGCCCCAAAGUUGACCUUUCUGCCCCCAAAGUUGGCAUUGAGGUGCCCAAUGUUGACAUCAAGGGACCCAAAGUUGACAUUGAGGUGCCCAAAGUUGACCUGAAAGGCCCCAAAUUUGACAUCAAGGGCCCCAAAAUGGACGUUGAAGUGCCUGAUUUUGACAUCAAGGGCCCCAAAAUGGACAUUUCUGCCCCCAAAGUUGACGUCAAGGGCCCCAAAGUUGAUAUUGAAGUGCCUGACUUGGACAUGAAAGGCCCCAAAGUUGACGUUGAGGUGCCCAACGUGGACAUCCCCGGUGCAGAUGGGAAGCUGAAGAUGCCUAAGUUGAAAAUGCCCAAAUUUGGGGUUCCUGGCCUAAAAGGGGAGCUCCCCAGUGUCGAUGUGUCGCUACCAAAGGCUGAAAUGGACAUUUCUGCCCCAAAAGUUGACAUUGAAGUGCCUGAUGUUGACAUCAAGGGCCCCAAAGUUGACAUAAAAGGACCCAAAAUGGACAUUGAAGCUCCAGACGUGGACAUGCCCAGUGCAGAUGGGAAGCUGAAGAUGCCUAAGUUGAAAAUGCCCAAAUUUGGGGUUCCUGGCCUAAAAGGGGAGCUCCCCAGCGUUGAUGUGUCGCUACCAAAGGCUGAAAUGGACAUUUCUGCCCCAAAAGUGGCCGUGGACGUGCCCAGUGUGGAUCUGAAAGGCCCACAAGGGAACCUGAAGGGCCCCGCGGUGACGAUGCCCGACCUGCAGCUCAAGGCGCCCCACAUCUCCAUGUCUGACAUCGACCUCAACCUGAAGGGCCCCAAAAUGGACGUUUCUUCCCCCAAACUGGAAGGGGAGCUCAGAGCGCCCGGGAUGGAUGUCACGGCUCCGAACAUUGACAUCGGGGUGCCCAAAGUUGACCUGAAAGGCCCCAAAUUUGACAUGAAAGGCCCCAAAGUUGACAUUGAAGUGCCCGACGUUGACAUCAAGGGACCCAAAGUUGACAUAAAAGGACCCAAAAUGGAUGUUGAAGCUCCGGAUGUGGACAUCCCCAGUGCAGGAGGGAAGCUGAAGAUGCCUAAGUUGAAAAUGCCCAAAUUUGGGGUUCCUGGCCUAAAAGGGGAGCUCCCCAGUGUCGAUGUGUCACUCCCAAAGGCUGAAAUGGACAUUUCUGCCCCCAAAGUUGAUGUUUCUGCCCCCAAAGUUGAUGUUUCUGCCCCCAAAGUUGACAUUGAAGUGCCUGAUGUUGACUUGAAAGGCCCCAAAGUUGACAUUGAAGUGCCUGACGUUGACAUCAAGGGACCCAAAGUUGACAUAAAAGGACCCAAAAUGGACAUUGAAGCUCCAGAUGCAGGAGGGAAGCUGAAGAUGCCCAAGCUGAAAAUGCCCAAAUUUGGGGUUCCUGGCUUAAAAGGGGAGCUCCCCAGUGUCGAUGUGUCACUCCCAAAGGCUGAAAUGGACAUUUCUGCCCCCAAAGUUGACAUUGAAGUGCCUGAUGUUGACCUGAAAGGCCCCAAAGUUGACAUUGAGGUGCCUGAUGUUGACAUCAAGGGUCCCAAAGUUGACCUGAAAGGCCCCAAAAUGGACAUUGAAGCUCCAGACGUGGACAUCCCCGGUGCAGGAGGGAAGCUGAAGAUGCCCAAGCUGAAAAUGCCCAAAUUUGGGGUUCCUGGCCUAAAAGGGNGAGCUCCAGACGUGGACAUCCCCGGUGCAGGAGGGAAGCUGAAGAUGCCCAAGCUGAAAAUGCCCAAAUUUGGGGUUCCUGGCCUAAAAGGGGAACUCCCUAAGGUCGACGUAUCGCUCCCAAAAGCUGAAGUUGACGUUUCUGUCCCCAAAGUUGACAUUGAGGUGCCCGACGUUGACCUGAAAGGCCCCAAAGUUGACAUUUCUGCCCCCAAAGUUGACGUUUCUGCCCCCAAAUUCGAUCUGGAUCUGCCCGAUUUCGAGGCCCCGGAGGUGAAAUCGAAGGGUCUGAAGCUUCGUCUGCCUGAACUCAACGUACAGAGCCCCAAACUUGGCCUCCCCGACGUCGAUAUCAGCCUGAAAGGACCCAAAAUAAAGGGAGACCCCCCAAAGGUGUCCGGGGAACUCACAGGACCCAAAGUGGACGUGGAGGGUCCCGGGUUGGGGGUCGAGGGUCCCGAAGUGGAUUUGGAGUGUCCAGAAGGGAAAAUCAAAGGUCCUAAAUUUAAGAUGCCCAAAUUGAACAUCAAGGGGCCCAAACUGAGCAAACCCGACGUGGAUCUGAACCUAAAAGGACCUAAAAUGAAGGGAGAAAUGGACGUUUCCGGCCCCAAAAUAGAGGGGGAACUAAAAGGACCCGGGAUCAACCUGAAGGGUCCCGACGUCGACCUGGAGUGUCCCGAAGCCAAAUUGAAAGGACCCAAAAUGAAACUGCCCCAUUUUAACCUGACGGGACCCAAGUUUGAGGGGGCCGAUAUUGAGGUGGGGGUCCCAAAAGUAGAAGGGGAGAUUUCGGGACCAGAAGUGGAAUUGGAAGGGCCGGAAUUGGAGGUAGGAGGGGGAGCAGAAGGGAAAUGGAAAGGACCCAAAUUCAAGAUGCCAAAACUCAACAUCAAGACGUCAAAGAUCUCGGUGCCUGACGUGGAUCUGAACCUGAAAGGACCCAAAGUGAAGGGGGACGUGGAGGUGAAUGUCCCAAAGAUGGAGGGAGAGAUAAAGGGACCCCAGGUGGACAUCAAGGGACCCAAAGUGGACGUGGACCUUCCUGAUGUGGAGCUGGAAGGACCCGAAGGGAAAGUGAAGGGGCCCAAGUUCAAGAUGCCUGAGAUGCACUUCAAGACACCAAAGAUCUCCAUGCCUGACAUCGACCUGAACCUGAAAGGACCCAAAGUGAAGGGAGACGUGGAUCUUUCGGGGCCCAAAGUGGGGAUAGAAGGACCUGAUGUAGAUAUUGAGCUGCCAGAGGGCAAAGUGAAGGGGCCCAAGUUCAAGAUGCCGGAGAUGCACUUCAACGUCCCCAAAAUCUCCAUGCCUGACAUCGACCUGAACCUGAAGGGCCCCAAAGUGAAGGGGGACGUGGAUGUGUCCAUUCCCAAAGUGGAAGGGGAUAUAAAAGGCCCCGACGUGGACAUCAAAGGACCCAAAGUUGAUGUGGAUCUUCCAGAUGUGGAUAUUGAGGGUCCUGAGGGCAAAGUGAAAGGCCCCAAGUUUAAGAUGCCUGAGAUGCACUUCAAGGCCCCAAAAAUCUCCAUGCCUGACUUUGAUCUGAGCCUGAAAGGACCCAAAGUGAAGGGAGACGUGGAUGUGUCUAUGCCCAAACUAGAAGGAGACCUGAAGGGCCCCGACAUUGAUAUCAAGGGCCCCAAAGUGGACGUGGACCUUCCUGAUGUCGAGUUGGAAGGUCCUGAGGGGAAACUGAAAGGCCCCAAGUUCAAGAUGCCCGAAAUGCACUUAAAGGGCCCCAAAAUCUCCAUGCCUGAUGUUGAUUUCAACCUGAAGGGCCCCAAAGUGAAGGGAGACGUGGAUGUUUCUGUACCAAAGGUUGAGGGGGACCUGAAGGGCCCCGAGUUGGACAUUAAAGGACCUAAAUUGGAUGUGGACCUUCCUGAUGUGGAGCUGGAAGGACCUGAAGGGAAAGUGAAAGGCCCCAAAUUUAAGAUGCCUGAGAUGCACUUCAAGGCCCCAAAGAUCUCGAUGCCUGACUUUGAUCUGAGUUUAAAGGGCCCCAAAGUGAAGGGAGACAUGGAUGUGAGUGUGCCGAGCGUGGAAGGUGGAGUGAAGGGAGGGAAUGUGGAGCUGAAGGGACCCGAGAUGGACGUGGAGUCUCCAGGGCUGAGCGUGGAGGGACCUGAAGGCAAAGUGAAGGGGCCCAAGUUUAAGAUGCCAGAGAUGCACUUCAAGACACCAAAGAUCUCCAUGCCUGACUUUGAUCUGAGCCUGAAGGGCCCCAAAGUGAAGGGAGACGUGGAUGUGAGCCUGCCAAAGAUGGAAGGGGAUAUAAAAGGCCCCGACCAAUUGAUUAUCAAGGGACCCAAAGUGGACGUGCGACCUUCCUGAUUUGGAAAGCUGGAAGGACCCGAAGGGAAAGUGAAGGCCCCAAGUUCAAGACUGCCCGAGAUGCUACUUAGGACACCAAAGAUCUCCAUGCCUGACAUCGACCUGAACCUGAAAGGACCCAAAGUGAAGGGAGACGUGGAUGUGUCCAUCCCCAAAGUGGAAGGAGACAUCAAAGGCCCUGAGGUGGACAUUAAAGGCCCCAAAGUUGACGUGAACCUUCCAGAUGUUGACUUGGAGGGGCCUGAAGGGAAACUGAAAGGCCCCAAGUUCAAGAUGCCCGAAAUGCACUUAAAGGGCCCCAAAUUCUCCAUGUCUGAUGUUGAUUUCAAUCUAAAGGGCCCCAAAGUGAAGGGAGAUGUCGACGUGUCCGUGCCAAAGAUGGAAGGUGAGCUGAAGGGCCCCGACAUUGAUAUAAAGGGACCCAAAGUUGAUGUGGACCUUCCUGACGUGAAGCUGGAGGGUCCCGAGGGCAAAGUGAAGGGGCCCAAGUUUAAGAUGCCUGAAAUGCACAUCAAGGCCCCAAAGAUCUCCAUGCCUGACUUUGAUCUGAGCUUAAAGGGCCCCAAAGUGAAGGGAGACGUGGAUGUGAGCGUGCCAAAGAUGGAAGGGGAUAUAAAAGGCCCCGACGUGGACAUUAAAGGACCCAAAUUGGAUGUGGACCUUCCAGAUGUGGACAUUGAGGGACCAGAAGGGAAAGUGAAAGGCCCCAAAUUCAAGAUGCCGGAGAUGCACUUCAAAGCCCCAAAGAUCUCAAUGCCUGACGUUGACUUCAACCUGAAGGGCCCCAAAGUGAAGGGAGACAUGGAUGUGUCUGUACCAAAGAUUGAGGGCGAGCUGAAGGGCCCCGAGUUGGACAUUAAAGGCCCCAAAGUGGACAUUGAUGCUCCUGAUGUGGACAUUCAGGGCCCAGAGGGCAAAUUCAAGCUGCCCAAGUUCAAGAUGCCCAAAUUCUCCAUGCCGGGUUUCAAAGGGGACGGGGUGGAUGUGGAUGUGAAUAUCCCAAAGGGAGACGUGGCCGUUUCUGUUCCCAGUGUUGAACUGGAGGGUCCUGAGCUCAGCGUGGAUGGGAAGAUGAAGGGACCCAAAUUCUCCAUGCCUGAAAUGCACUUAAAGGGCCCCAAAAUCUCCAUGCCUGACAUCGACCUGAAUCUAAAGGGCCCCAAAGUGAAGGGGGACGUGGAUGUGUCCAUUCCCAAAGUGGAAGGGGAUAUAAAAGGCCCCAAUGUGGACAUCAAGGGCCCUAAAUUGGAUGUAGACCUUCCUGAUGUGGAUAUUGAGGGUCCAGAAGGGAAAGUGAAGGGCCCCAGAUUCAAGAUGCCAGAGAUGCACAUCAAGGCCCCAAAGAUCUCCAUGCCUGACUUCGAUCUGAGCCUGAAGGGCCCCAAAGUGAAGGGAGACGUGGAUGUGAGCGUGCCAAAGAUUGAGGGGGACCUGAAGGGCCCCGAGGUGGAUAUUAAAGGACCCAAAGUGGACGUGGACCUUCCAGACGUGGACAUUGAGGGGCCAGAAGGGAAAGUGAAAGGCCCCAAAUUUAAGAUGCCCGAGAUGCACUUCAAGACACCAAAGAUCUCCAUGCCUGACUUUGAUCUGAGCCUGAAGGGCCCCAAAGUGAAGGGAGACGUGGAUGUGAACCUGCCAAAGAUGGAAGGGGACAUCAAAGGCCCCGAGGUGGAUAUUAAAGGACCCAAAGUUGAUGUGGACCUUCCUGACGUUGAGUUGGAAGGUCCUGAAGGGAAACUGAAAGGCCCCAAGUUCAAGAUGCCCGAAAUGCACUUAAAGGGCCCCAAAAUCUCCAUGCCUGACGUUGACCUGAAUCUGAAGGGCCCCAAAGUGAAGGGGGACGUGGAUGUGACCCUGCCCAAGUUGGAAGGUGAUCUGCAAUGCCCGGACAUUGAGCUCAAAGGCCCCAAAUUGGAUCUUCACGCACCCGACGUGAAGGGCCCCGAAAUGCACCUCAAGAUGCCCCAUGUCUCCGUCCCCGACAUUGACCUCAACCUGAAGGGCCCAAAGGUGGAGGGGGGGCUGAAGGGCCCCAGUUUGGACCUGAAGGGUCCGAAUGUGGAUCUGAAGGGUCCCAACCUGGAUCUCAAGGGCCCCAAUGUGGAUCUGAAGGGUCCCAACGUGGAUCUGAAGGGUCCCAACCUCGAUCUCAAGGGCCCCAAUGUGGAUCUGAAGGGUCCAGGAGUGGAUUUUGAUGGUCCAGAAGGGAAACUGAAGCUCCCCAAAAUGAAGCUGCCGAAAUUUGGGCUGAAAGGAGACGGUCCCGGGUUGGACGUGGAGCUGCCCAAGGGGGAAGUGGAGGUUUCGGGACCCGAAUUGAGCAUUGAAGGAGGGGAAGGGAAACUGAAAGGUCCUAAAGUGAAAGGGCCCGAGGUGAACGUGCCCAAGAUCUCCAUGCCCGACAUCGACCUGAGUCUGGGCAGAGCAAAGGGGGGAUUCGACCUCACGGCCCCCAAGUUGGAGGGGAACCUGAAAGGACCCGAUGUGGCCCUGAAAGGACCCGAAUUUGGGGUGAAAAGCCCUGAAUUGGAGGUUGAAGGUCCAGAUUUGAACGUGGAAGGGCCAGAAUUAAACGUGAAAGGUCCGAAAUUGAAGAAACCCAAAUUUGGGUUUGGGAUGAAGAGUCCAAAAGGAGAAAUGAAGGUUCCAGAGGUGGAAACCCCAGAGGUGGAAUUAAGUGCUGACUUACCCGAAUUGAGUGUGGCGGCCAAAGGCAAAAAGAGCAAAUUCAAGAUGCCCAAAAUCCACGUUAGCGGCCCCAAAAUGAAAGGGAAGAAAGGAGCCUUCGAUGUGAGUGCGGCCGGGGCUGCCGAGGUGGAUGUGGGGCUGAAAUCACCUGAGAUGGAGCUCAAUGUGGCCAGCCCCGAUGCGGCCCUCAGGUCUCCCAAAGGGAAGAAGGCCAUGUUUGGGAAGAUCUCCUUCCCCGACGUGGAGUUUGACCUGAAGUCUCAUCGUUGGAGGGGGGGGGAGGCCUCUGUGGGGCUGCCCAAGGUGGAAGGGGAAGGGAAGGGGGUAGAGGUGAAGGGUCCUGGCCUCGAUGUGGGGCUGGGAGAGAUGGAUGUGGGAGCAAAGAAGGCCAAAGGGGCGGCUGUAGGGGUGAAGGUGGAAGGGGAGCUGAAGGGUCCCGGUGGCGUCGAGAUGGAGCUGAAAGGACCAAGAGGCCCCGAUGUGGGGCUGGAUGUGGGGCUGGAAGGGCCUGGAUUGGACGUGAAGCUGGAAGGACCAAAGAUGGAGGGCAACAUGGAGCUGAAGGGAGGUUCGGUCCCAUCUUUGGGCUGCCCCGAGCUCCGGCUUCGUCCUUCGGCGGCCAUUUCAGCCCCAGAUCUCAAUGGCGACUCCUCCAGGUCCCCGGUGCUGCCAUUGGACGCGGCCGGUGUCGGUGCCGAGGGAUUGGGCGGAACCAUCCGGCUUCCAUCCCUCCAGCUGCCCCAAUUCGGCCUAUCAGCUCCCAGCCUUAACGGGGCUGACGGCGGAGGGGGGAACUCGGCCAUGUUGGAUAUCCAUGGGGCCCAUAAAGGGGGCAGCUCUAUGGGGUCAGUGGCACCCAUGGGGUCUGCAGCACCCAAAGGUGGGGGUCUCAAAGAUGGCGGAGGGGAAUCGGGCUCCAUCAAGGUGAGCUUCCCAAAGCUUCGAGUGCCCAAGUUCCACUUCUCGGAGGCAGAAGUUAAAGGGAGGGAGGUGGGGGUGGAUGUGGAGUUCCCCGGGUCAGAACCGGGUCCAAUAGAACCCAUAGAAAUAGAUGAGUCCAAAGGGAAGAAAAGCAAAAGGAAGAUGAUGCCCAAAUUCACCUUCUCCAAAGGGAAAGGGAAAGGAGGGACGGCUCCGGGUUCACCCGAACCUCCUUCAUCCCCAUUGGGUUCUAAGGGGGACCUGAAGAGUUCUAAGGGCAGUUUGGGUUCCGAAGGCGACCCGGAUGAGUCUCAUUCCCCCAAAGGGAUGUUCUCCAUCUUUAAAGGAGGUCGGAAAUCCCGGCUCCGUUCUUCAUCCUUCAGUUCGGAACCGCCUCCAUCGGACGCGACCGAAGGGAAACCCAAAUUCGGGACGUUCGGAGGCGUCGGGUCCCGAUCCAAAGGCUGCUACGAGGUGACGGUGGGGGGAGAAGAGACACCACAGGACCCACAUCAUCAGCAGCCCCAUCCCGCCCCACAUCAGCCCCAUCCUGCCCCACAGCAGCAGCAUCAGCCCCCAUCGGCCCGUGGGGCUCUUCGCCUUCCAUCCCUGGAGCUGACGGCGGCCAAGAGGCGUGAGGAGGAGGGGGGCUGCACGUAGGGUCCUUUUACCCCCUUUUUACCCCCUUUUUAUCCCCUUUUUACCCCUUUUUACCCCCUUUUUGACCCCCUUUUUGACCCCCUUUUUGACCCCCUUUUACCCUUUUUU